GGUUCCACUCAAAGCAGACAUGGCUGCAGAAGGGAUGCUGCUGCUACUUCUGGCACUACUGGUGAGCGCUCGAUGUGAAGUAAGGGCACGGGACCCCGAGGUGGAGGGGGAGGAGGACGAGGAGCACUUUGGAGGAGGGGGAGAUGGGGGUCAAAAGCCCCCAAACCCACACAGGAGGGACAUCCACUUAGUGGAGGAGAAGGGGAACCACGUGAUUCAGAGAGGGAACUGGUGUGCAUUUGUCCACGAGCGCGUGGUGGAGGUUGGUGGAACAGAGAAAUGCGUCAGGUCUCUGUGUUCAUCUAAAGGCUGUCAGCAGCUCAUGGACAGGCUAGGGAAGCAGCAGAUCCACCGGCAAAAGCGGAGAACGGUCAGCGCACUGAGGUGGCACUGCUGUCCAGGAUUUAAGGGAGAGAACUGCAGCAUCACAGUUGAAAACCCUCAUUUGAACUCUGGAUUAUCUGAACCCCAAAGAACCGAGAUCCAUCCUGCAGGUGUGGAAGACCCUGCCACCCUCCCAAUUCCUCACUUUAUGACACUGGUCAUGUCUCGUCUGGAGCACCUGAGCCAGCAGGUGGGGCAAUUGACCAAUGACGUGGCCCAGCUGAAGAGACGCCAGUUUGGGGCCAGUCGUGCAGGGGACCCUCUGGAGGGCCCUCAGAGUGACGAGGGAGUGGAGGAGCGGCUGGAUGCCAAGCUGAAUGACGUGUUUGUGCAGAUCUAUGAGGUUCAGAGGCAGAUGGAUGAACAUCGCACUGACAUGGAGAACAGGCUGCACUCUCAACAUGCAAUUCUUCAAUACAACCUCACCAGCUUCAAGACAGAUGUGGAUGUGAAGCUCAAGCGGCACCACAAGAUGUUGUUGGUCAACCUGCAGGCCAUGAACACCACGCUUGCAGAGCUGAAACCAGAUCAGGACAGCAUCCAUGAGGAUGAGCCAGAGGAUCCUCCCUCUUUACCGUCUAACACUACAGUGCUCUGGGAUGCCGUCACACAACUGGACAACAAGUUGCUCAACAAUGCGAAUAAGGUUGACAAGCUAUUGGACGACAUGGAGGUGACCUCUGGUGGGGUAGAGCAGCUGACAGAGAACCUGAAAGACCUUGAGCGACUCAUCAACCAGACAGCCCGAAGGAGCCAGGUUUUGUUUAUGGAAACAGGCCUGGAGGUGGAGGAGUCAAAAGUGUCAGUGCAGAGACAGGUGGAGGAGCUGGGGAGAAACCUGACGCUGCUUGAGGAGCAUAUGCAUCGCACAGACAAGGACGUCGACUAUCUGUUUUCACUCUCCUACAAGCAGAACUUGUCCAAAAACUGUGACUGCAAGGAACUGAAAGCUAACGUGGGUUUCCUGGAGAGGGCCGUGGCCAACGUGACCGCACUAGCCAAUGAAAAUAGAGUUGCCUUAGAUGAGCAAAGUGAGGGAGGAGUAGGGCAAUGGGGUGGAGCCAGCGACUGGGAACCAGCGGUGGAGGCGCUACAACGUGGCCUCCAGCAGGUUAAGGAGCUGCUAGCCUUGGGGCAGAGUAGAAGCAGCACUUUGGACCUGAGGCUGACCCAGCUGGCCAGCUCUUUGUCAGCUCUGCAAGAGGCCGAUGUGGAGCUGGAAAACAGGACCGCGGGCCUCCUGGACUUUUUCUACUCCCUUCAAGGCGAUGUAGUCCGACACAAUGACGUGAUGCAGCUGCUGCUUGGGGAGGAGGUCCUGGAGUUUGUGGAGUGGCCCCUCCAGGACCAGGAGGCCCACUCCAUCCCAGCCCUGAAGGAGGAGCUCAGGGUCCUGCAGGAGGAGAUGAGGAGCCAUGAAGAACUUGGGACAGGAGGCAAAGAGGAGGUGCCAUCAGCUGAUCAGCCCUCCACCUUCCACCCCCUUGCAGAGUGGCAGCCUGGUGGCUCACGGAGGAAAGGUGGAGUAGAUCCAACACGGGAGCAGCAGUUACUCCUCCACCCUGAAAGGCAGCUUGCUGGAGACGGCAGUGACCUGUGGAAGCUUGAGAAGAAGGUGGAGAAGCUGCAGCAGCAGCUGGUCAAGCUGGAGCAACGAUCCUACACCUGCAGCAGUGACGGGGGAGCACCACCCGCAGGCACAGAAGCCACAUUUUGUACAGAGCUGAUGUGGCUGAAGAGGGGGCUAGAGGAACACCUGAGGCUGUUCAAGAACGUCUUCAUCAACGCAGACGUGCUGCUAAAGGCCAACGCCACGCUUGAGCUUGAUAAGCUAUGGGAGCUGAUGAAGAGGAAGGGAGGAAGAGGAGGGGGCAGAAGGGGCAGCAAAGGGGGAGAGGGCCGCAGCAGGAGGGAGGGGUUAGGUGCACCUGUCCUUUCCAGCUCUCUGCUCUUCAUCGCUGCAUCUCCUCGCAGAGUCUCAAAUGGCUUCAUGGCCUUCCAACCAUCUCUGAAUUGGGGUCAGUUUUACUCUAAAACCGGCACCUUCAGAGCUCCAGUAGGCGGGGUUUACCUGUUCCUUCUCACCCUGGACCUGAGGCCAGGCCCCGCCCAUGUGUAUCUAAGGACGGGGGAGAAUGAGGGCGGAGCUCCGAUGUCUCUACAAAGGCAAUCGGGAAUGGAGGCAGGGCCUGUCAGUGGAAUGGGUGUGCUCUCACUGAGGGAGGGGCAGGAGGUGUGGCUGGACUUGAGACAAGGGGAGUGGGUGGAGUCAAAGGACAACGUGUUUGCUGGGCUGCUGUUGAAUCGAACCACCUGAAGGCACUACAGAGCAUGGGGGCGGGGGUCAGAAGAUAAUGGUAGGGGUCAGUUCUUCCAUUGUGCACCUUAAAGAGCAAAUGAGGAGGUGAAUGAAUAAAACCCACCAGACCUUGGACAUAAACUCAGCAGGAGAUAAGAGGAAGCUCCUUAUUUUCUGGAUGGAGUCAGCAGAACCAGAACCGAUCCAGUUCUGGAUAGAAGACCAUUUAAAGUCGAGAGAGUUUACUGAGUAUUUGAAGAAUAGAUGUGAAAAUGAAAUAUCCCUGUGAGGCAAACCAGCGGACGAAACUGUUAAAAUAUUUGUUUUUCAGUGUUUCUUGGCAAUAAUUUCUAUUUACUUUAAUAAUAAAGACUUGUGUGUUCUUU